CUAAAAAGAUGCGCAGUCGUGAAUUUGGCGGAAAAUGGCCGAACGCGUGUUUGAUAAAAAGAUAUUUUUUGAAAAUAUGGCUUAAAAAGUGUGUAUUUUUUUAUAAAAUAUAGUGGAAAUUCAUAUUUUUGAGCAGCACAGUAGGUAGACAUGUCUUACAGGGUGUAUUUUGGUCGAUUGCCGGAGAAUUUAAGUCAAGAUGACUUUGAGAAAAUGCUCUCAGAACAUGGCAAAGCGAGGAAUAUUGAAUGGAAGUCGGGGUAUGCUUAUGUGGAUUAUAAACACGGCUCUGAUGCCUCGAAAACUGUUCAGAAUCUCAACGGCAAGGAGGUGGGUGGGAAUAAUAUUCUUGUUGAGCUCGCUCGGAAUGGGGGUAGCGCCCGUGGCGGUUAUGCGGUUGCCGGGGCGUUUGCAGCACGGCCCUUUGCAAAACCCCCUCAGCCCAGGCCGAUUCGGACUCCUCAUCGUGUCCGCAUCGAGAACUUAUCGAGCCGUACAAGGUGGAUGGAGCUGAAGGAGUUAUUAUCAUUAGCAGGGGAGGUUACGUUUGCCGAUACCCACAAACGCAAGACCGGCGAAGGCAUCGUUGAAUUCGCAACAAGACAAGACAUGGAAGAAGCGAUCAAAACGUUUCACAACACAAACUUCUACGGUAAAACUAUUAAAAUUUACGACGAAUCUCCUAGGGGUAGAUCAAGGUCGCCUAGUGGGAAAAAAAGUCGCUCACGUUCACGCCAUCGUUCGUCAGAAAGGAAAAGACGAAGCCGUUCAAAAUCACCGUCUCCUCGAAAAAAGUCGUCUUCCUCUAGACAUCGGUCACGAUCCCCUCGCCGAAGCUCUAAAAGGCGCUCAAGGUCGAAGGAUAGACGUCGGUCUUCGAGGAAAAGGGAUUCUAGGUCAAGAACUCCAAAAAGAAAUUCUCAUAAAAAGUCGAAAAAAUCCAAACGGGACCCAUCCCGCUCGCGGUCAAAAUCACCAAGACGUAAAAAACAUAAACAUAGUCGAUCACGCUCACAUUCUAGUUCGGGUAAUAACAAUGACUUGAGAAGAAAACCUAAGAAAAAGAAAAGAGGUUCUUCCAGCUCGUCGGGAAGCGACACCUCUGAUAGUAACAAAUCAAAAUGAUAUUUUUACAUUUUUAAACUCGAUACCAAGAGAAACUGUAAUAUGAAAACGAGUAGUUGGCGACAUAGUUGCGUCUACUAGCUGUGAUUUUAUGUAGUUUGGUCCGUCAUGUUUCAAAUUUAUUCUUCAUUUCUACCUAUACACUAUGAUCCCUCAUUCAAGACUUUAUUCACUUACUAGCCUUGUUUUCAUGGUUUGAUACAAA